AUGAACGAACGGAAACGUGUCCAAUUAGAAGGAGGCGGCGGAGUCCCCCGCGCUAUAACGAGAUUAGCGACCUCGAGCGAGCUAGGUGUGGCGGCGCGGAGCGGACACCUCGCGCGACGAAAAAACAAGGCCCGCGGCGCCGCCCGGCCCCCGAGACUCCUAGUCCCCUUGUCCCCGCAGCCCCUCGGCCGCCCUGCCAGCCGGGGGCGGGACUAUCCGCGCCAUUGGCCGCGGCGGGAGGGGUGUCGGAGCCGGCGCCGCAGCCGGCCAGUCGUUUGA